AAGACAUCAUCAAAGUGAAAUUAACGCGGAAUUCGACACGGUUAUCUUCCCUAUAACACAAAUGUCUCCAUUGAACAUCCGACAAGAUGAACGGACGACUCUGCGUGGCGUGUUAGACUCGAUCGAGAAAAAUGGACGGCAAAAAGUGAAUGAAAAUGAGUUAUAG